AUGCGAAUUCUGGGCUCAGAAAUGAUGGAGGAGCGACUUUUAGGAAAUCAGAGCAGAGUUCACAGCAUCGAGGCCAUUUUAGGCUUCAGAGAGGAGCAGAGCAGUGUGAAGAAGCAGAUGAUGGACAGUGUCCGAUGUGACGUUAGAUCCGGCACCCCGGUGAGCCCCGAGUUCCCGGAAGGCGGCGACGGGAAGCUGUCGGACGAAGAGCGCGCAAAGAAGAAGCACAGGCGCAACCGGACCACGUUCACCACGUUCCAGCUGCACGAGCUCGAGCGGGCGUUCGAGAAGUCGCGCUAUCCGGACGCGUGCAGCCGAGAGGAGCUCGCCCUCAAGGUCAACCUGCCGGAAGUGCGCGUGCAGGUGUGGUUCCAGAACCGUCGUGCUAAAUGGCGUCGUCAGGAGAAGUUGGAAUUGAGCUCCAUCAGCCCUAUCAAACUGCAGGACUCGUCCAUGCUCUCCUUCAGCAGAUCUCCUACUGUAGAACCCUGGAUGGCACCGCCAUGUGUCUCCUCCUCCACCUCUCCUCUGCACUCCUUCCCACCCUUCCUUACCUCGCCGUCCGGUUACACGCCAUCUUUCCUCGGAACACCCACGGUCAGUCAUGCUCUGCCCCCAAUCGGAGCUCCAUGUGCUCCUCCUCCUCCUCCACUUCCCUUCCACUGCUCAGGCUUCAUGGACACACUGUCUCUGGAGGAAGCCGACCCUCGUAACUCUAGCAUCGCCUCGCUCAGGAUGAAGGCCAAGGAGCACAUUCAGGCCAUAGGGAAGACCUGGUAGAGCCACAGAC